GCACCCAGGGAAGCUGGGAUGGGAGGAGAUCCUCUCAUUGCUCCGCGGUUUGGCUUCCGCCGUCUGGAACGACCAUGGUGGUGGCAACCGUGACGACUUUGACGCGAGGUUGGAGGAUGCAGUGUGGGAGAACCGAAUUAAACAACACCGCUCUGCAUCGAGAGCGUGUAUGCAUUUGUCGAUGCUUAGCAUUAUAGGUCAGAUGUUGGACUUGUACUACCAUCCGACCACACAGUCUCGCCUCCCAUUUGCCGUAUGCAUCGUUGCGUGGGUGGUGCAUAGUGCAGUUAGCUGCGGGGUGGUACAAUUGAAUCGAAGACGAUUGAAGAUUUUGCAGUGUGCCGUGUAUGUUUUGGUGGCGGUCUUCAUCUACGGUUGCCCCAGUGAGAGCGACGCUGGUGCGAUCAUGUGGACGGCGUUGACCACUGCCGUUCGCUUUGCCGUGGCAGUUUUCUUUGUGGAUUUCAGCACAGGAAUUCCCGCGCAAUCCAUCAUAAGUGUCAUCGAAGCCUACACCCUGUGCACCCGCGACCAGCAGCCUUUGCACGUGGCCUUCUUCCACCAGUUGUGCGUUUUAGCCUUCAUCAUCUUUGCCGCUGGCUUAGUGGAGCUGAAUUCACGUUCGCGCAUUGCGGUGCUCUUGAAAUCCGAGUCCAUGGUGACCAGUUUCCGAAGGGUACUGCGGGGAGUUUGUGAUGGUGAGGUGCUGUUGGAUAGCAAGCUGCGCAUUUCGGGAAAAGCAGGCUGCUUGCAGACCUUGCUGAUGACCGGUGCAGGGGACUUCGAAAAUAAGAAUUUCGAGGAACUCUUAGUGGAGGACGAACGCGAGCGUUUCCGAAGUUUCAUGUUGGCACCAGAGCCAAGCAACUCAAGCGCGCCGCCCUGCCUGCGAGUGUCCCUGAAGCGUUCAAACAGCUAUCGAGUUGGAGUGGACCUUUUUCAUGUACCUCACCAGCUGGGCGAAGAAACGUAUCACCUGGUUGCACUGCGGGAAGACUGCGACACACGAUCUUUGCCCGAGGUCAUAUGCACAGAGGAUGCCGAUGAACACCCGUACGCACACACAGCGAGCUGCCACACGGAGCUUGAUGGAAAGAGUUUUGCACCUUCCGUCACCACAGUGUCUCAGGUGUCUGCGAACUCGUUGCUGCAGAUUUCAAGUGAUUUGCAAGAGAUGACCUUGCUAGUGGAUCCGACGUCACCGUUGUUGGACGUGGAACAGGCGCAUCUCAGUUUCCAGCGGCACAGCCAAGAGAUCGACUCCACGAUGCCCAGUUUGCGACGCCUAGUGCAACCCACCGAUUGGGGCACCAUCCGAAGCCAGUUGGUCAGCUUCGCAGCCCGUGCAGAGGGAUCCGGCUACCGAGAGCUGCUGAACAUGAGGUUGAGAUUGCAGGAUGAUUGCAAGAGGUGUGUAGAAGUCCGACACGUGGAGGUCUCUACCUUUCAGCCACCUAACACGGACAGUGCCGCGAAGUUGUGCUUGCAACUGCAUGGCCUGAGAUUGGUAAAGCCAGUUCAGAAACAUCAGCAUGAGCUGCAGGGCGUUAAUGAAUGCCUCUCUGAAGAAGAAAUGUGA